AUGAAGCCUUUAAUUCUCGAAGAAAAUUGUGGUUCGGAUGAUUUCCUCUAUGACAAGAAUUGUGACCGCAAAGCCAGGAACCCUUUCUGAUCAAAAAACGUCGCAUGUUUUGUUGCUUUUUUGAUCUUUUGUUUUUAGUUUAAUGUAUAGUGGAGUUUUCCCAAAAUGAAAGGCAAUAUGGGCACUAUUGGGAAGCUUUUGGCGCGGAAGUCGAAUCAAUGGUAGAAUAAGGAAAAAUUUAAGAUUUUCAGUGUUUUCCGCAACUUGACAGUUUUCGAGUGUCUGGAACUCUCUGUUCCCUCACUGGCGAGGUCACGGAAACGCGAAAAUAGCGCGUUAACAAGAGAGAGUCGUCGAGAGACGAGGAGGGUGCAGAGAAGUUUCAAGUCGCGAAAAACGGACUAUAGACAGUUUUAUGGAAGCGGCGUAUUGUAACGCAACAGGUUGUGUGCCUGUCUACGGUCCACAGGGUCUCGAGUUCGAUCCUCGCCGCGACCGAACCGAGGGACUCAUGUUGAUAGUGGGAAACCACGACUUCGAAAAUCCCCAGCCAUCACACACAAAAACGGAUAUUUCACUCGCGCCAGUCUACUGAUGUCAGAUACCUCGACUAAUCGACUUGGGGCGACGACGCCGCUUAGGCCGUACAAAGGUGUAAGAAAAAAUAACAUAAUGUCUUGGAAAGCUUAAAAUUUUCACUUUUUCCUAAAACCCUGAAAACUGUCCAAACCGUUUUAUUGCAUAAUAUCAUGAAAACGACUGAAACAGAGUUAUAGGUUUUGAGGAUGACCAAAGAAGAUUCAAAAGUUUUUUGAAAAUUGGUUUUUGAUACGGAAGCUGCAAAUAUCCCAAAAUUAUUUGAGACAAAUUUUCUGAGAAAGCCGCCGAACCCUUCGUACAAAAAAAUUUCAUUUUCUGAUUGCUCCAAAUUUUAGCAUGGACGCUUUAUAAAAUUAUAAAACUUUUGAUAGAACUUUGAUGAAGCUCCGCCCCUUUUUCUGUGUACAGUGGAAAAGUUACCGUAACAAGUUAAUUUUUUUUUUCGUGUUGCUAGGAGUUCAGAAAGUAGUGAAACUUGAAGAACGCACAAAUUUUUAUUACUUGUGCUAAACACUUUUUCGUAAGCCUUUACGAAAAUCGGCAAUUUUUUCAUUUUUUCAACGUUUUCUGCAGUAAAUAUACCCGUGGACCCUACGCAUUUUUUACUAUUUCAGAAGGAACAACCUUGAUUAUUCAGGAAAAAAUUUCAGAAACAUCAGAUUCAACGAUCAAUAACACGUCCGCUUUGAAGCGAGCCAACUUGAAAAAUGCGAAAUGGCAUAAGAAAUGGUGUUCGGGAACAUUUUUGUCGGUUCAUUGGGCUGUCUGGAACGUAGGAGAGUAG